CAGAAAAAGGAAAAAAAAAAAUCUUUUUUUAACAUAUGAAUGGCACACUUCCAAAGUCCCGAACCAAAGACACACUCGUUUGCGUACUGCUUCUGCCUCAGUUCCUUCCUCUGCAACCACCUCUCCAGUCCUCUCUCUCUUUCUCUCUCACUCUGCUUCACGUCUCCCUGCCGCCAGCACCUCUCUUCCGCUGUCACCGUCGCCAUCUUCCUGCAGGAUUCAGACUACAAGGACAGUUUAAGUUCUACACUGGAUACCAAUAUCUUGAUAAAUUAUAAUCAUCCUAAUUUUUUUAGGCUUUGCUGUAAGAAAGAAGGGAAGGAACAAUUAAUCAUGGGUUGGGGUCACAUUGGAAGAAAUGGCGGUGAUGAAGCUGGUCCUAGCAGCACCGUCCCCACAACCACCGAGCCACGGCGGUUCCCACUGGCUGCUCAGCCGGAGAUGAUGCGUGCUGCUGAGAAGGAGUACAAGGGUUGCUGUUGCUUAUCAAAACGAGACAAAACUCUUGGGACAAAUGUUGUACUAUGUUCUCACAACAGGAUCAGGGCAGCAGACACUUGGGGAGGAGUACUGCGACAUCACUCAGGUUGCUGGUCCUUAUGGGCUGCCUCCUACCCCUGCAAGGCGUACUCUUUUCAUUGUAUACCAGACAGCGAUUCCUUAUAUUGCAGAUCGUAUUAGUUCACGAAUUGCUUCCCGUGGCAUUGCCCUCGCUGAUUCAGAGUUUGCGGAGAGUUAUGGUGAUAGUGCUAUCAGGAGCAGUAAUUCACAGGAUUCUGUGGCUAGUCCUUCAACAUCAGGACAACAUAGUACAACUCUUUCAAGAUUGAAGCAAAAACUGAGUGGUUUUUGGUUGCAUGUGGUUCAGCAAUGGCCUGCGAUGCUCCCUUUUGUACGUGAAUUGAUACAGCUGGUUCUUCGUGCUAAUCUAAUGCUGUUCUACUUUGAAGGCCUUUAUUAUCAUAUAUCCAAGCGUGCUGCAGGCAUUCGUUAUGUUUUCAUUGGAAAACCAUCAAAUCAAAGACCCAGAUACCAAAUACUAGGAGUAUUUCUGCUGAUUCAACUUUGUGUAAUAGCUGCGGAACGGCUACGUCGAAGAAAUUUAUCUUCAAUUGCUGGCUCAGUUCAUCAGGCAUCCUUUGCAACCCAACAGAGAUCAGCAGGACAUGGUUUGCCUGUUCUGAAUGAAGAAGGUAAUCUGGCAUCUCUAGAUACUGACGAAGGAGGUUGGGUCUUUGAUUCUUCAUCUUCUGAGUAUGGAACUAGCAAAUGCACUCUUUGCCUAAGUAAUCGUCAACAUCCAACAGCUACAUCCUGUGGCCAUGUAUUUUGCUGGAACUGUAUCACAGAAUGGUGCAAUGAAAAGCCAGAAUGUCCUCUUUGCCGCACCCCAAUAACACAUUCAAGUCUAGUUUGUGUGUAUCAUUCAGACUUCUAGAGUAUGCAUUUCUUCAGCUGCAAUCUCUUGUAUAAAAGAGAGAGGAUAUAUCAUGAAAGGCAACAUUUUUCUUGUCUUGAAUCUUGCAAGGAUUUUAUUUAUUUAUUUAUUUAUUUAUUAUGAUGUCAUUACAAGGGAUACUUGGAUGUUCCUAGAGUAUGUUUAUGUUUAAUUAAUUGAAACAUUUACAACCACUCAAUUUAUGUGGUUUUUGUAUAACUACUAAGUACUAACAUUAAAAUGAAAAUAUAUGGUGGUUUAUGUUUGUAGAGAAUU